UAUAUCUUAUCUAAAAAUGUUUUAUUUCUGACAACAACCUGAAAAAGUAUGGGGGCGCACAGCCGGUACAAAUAGAUAUUUUUUUUCGAUUUUACGAAUCAACUGACUCCUUUGUUUGUAACAGAAACGAAUUAUUUUUUCAGCAGGCAACAUGAGAUCUGUAACUUUAUUCGUAGCCACGAUCGUUCUUCUGGGAUUACUGGUCCUAAAGUCUGAUGCUCGAUCUCCAAGAGUGUGUGAAAAAUGCAAACCUGAGUCGUGUGCUACAAUUUCUUGUGAAUGCGGCAGCUACAAAGAUGAAUGCAAUUGCUGUGAUGUAUGCAUGAAGUGUGCGAGAGAAUCCUGCAGUACAUUGGAAGGUGACGUUUGCCAGGAUGGUUACGUUUGUGGUCAUCCUCCAGGAACAAGUCCUGUAGAUAAGCACAAUAGGCCUGGAACAUGCUUACCAUAUUCAGAAGUCCCUGAUGACAAUUAAGGCAUGCAACUAAUAAUCUGUAUUUAUUCUUCUUUUUAAUAAACUUAUUUUAAUAUUU